AUGAGGACAGCGGCCGUGGGGGACGAGAACCGGAUCGUGGGGGGUCGGAGCUGCCAGAAGAAGCGUCACCCCUACCAGGUGGUCCUCCUGGGCCCCCAGAAGAACAUCCACUGUGGUGGGGUCCUCAUCGACAGGUCCUGGGUGCUGACGGCCGCCCACUGUGACACCAAGAGGUGGGGUGGGGGAACUGGGAAGCACUGGGAGGGAACUGGGAGGGAACUGGGAGACACUGCGGCCGUGGGGGACGAGAACCGGAUCGUGGGGGGUCGGAGCUGCCAGAAGAAGCGUCACCCCUACCAGGUGGUCCUCCUGGGCCCCCAGAAGAACAUCCACUGUGGUGGGGUCCUCAUCGACAGGUCCUGGGUGCUGACGGCCGCCCACUGUGACACCAAGAGGCCCAUCCCCAUCCGCAUGGGCGACCACAGCUUGAAGACCAAGGAGGGGACGGAGCAGUGCAUCAACUCGGCCAAGGCCUUCAUCCACCCCAACUAUGACGUCAGCAGCCAUGACAGUGACAUCAUGCUCCUCAAGCUCCAGAAACCCGUCCGUUUCACCGACCACGUCCGGCCGGUGGCCCUGCCCAGGAGAUGUCCUUCACCCAACACCGAGUGCAUCGUGUCGGGUUGGGGCAGCACCAGCAGCCCUGAAGGCUACUUCCCCGACGUUCUCCAGUGCGGCGUGGUCUACACCAUGGCCAACGACCAGUGCUCCAAGCUCUACCCCAAAGGCAUCACCAAGAACAUGCUCUGCGCCGGCGUCACCUCGGGGGGCACCGACUCCUGCCAGGGCGACUCGGGAGGUCCCCUGGUGUGUGGGGAGGAGCUUCAGGGCAUCGUCUCCUGGGGGAUGCAGGUCUGCGGGCAACGGGGCAAACCGGGGGUCUACACCCGCGUCUGCCAGUUCACCCCAUGGAUCCAGGACACCAUGAGGAGGAACAGCCACCCCUGAGCCCACCACCCCACCCCCCCAAGAGGUCUUCUCCUGG